AGCUGCGUGACGGACGAGAGAAUCGGAAACGCGCAUAACAACACAUUAAAGAAGAUGAUGUCCGGCGAGAACAACACUAUCACCGAAACCCAGAAAGUCUCUGGUUUUGUACCUUCUGUUGUUCCAGAUCAAGACCAUGCCACCGUCGAAUUCGCCGCUGCGAACGAAAGGGACCAUAAAUAUUUAACCCAAGCUGUUGAAGAGGCAUAUAUUGGAGUUGAGUGUGGUGAUGGCCGUCCGUUUGGAGCGGUUAUUGUUCAUAAGAACGAAAUUGUAGUGAGCUGCCAUAAUAUGGUUUUGAAGUACAAAGAUCCAACGGCACAUGCUGAAAUCAUAGCCAUUAGAGAGGCUUGCAAGAAACUGAAUGAAAUUAAGCUAUCGGAAUGUGAGCUUUACGCAUCAUGCGAGCCUUGUCCAAUGUGUUUUGGAGCCAUCCAUCUCUCAAGACUCAAGAGAUUGGUGUAUGGGGCGAAAGCCGAAGCAGCAGUAGCCAUUGGGUUCAAUAGCAUCAUAGCGGACGGUGUGAGAGGCAUUGGGUGCUACCAUAAGUCUAACCUAGAGAUUAAAAAACUCGAUGUGAGUAUCGCCGAGCAAGUGUUCCAGAAUACAAAGGGGAAGUUCAGUAUAUAGUAAGCUCUUUUUCUUCUUGUUGUCAUCAUCUCUAGAAGAAGAAGAAGAAGCAGAAAUGUAUUUUUGCUAAACCCUUUUAUCAAUUACUGUUAAUGUUGGCUUGUGUUGGCUUUGGUCCAUUUAGAAAUGUAUGUAUGUAUGUAUAAAUACUUUCUUCUUGCAAUGAUGUUUCUACCA